AUGAAGGACAGACUAGCACAGUUGAAGGAGAAAACAGAUCAAACACCUGAAGAUGUGGAGAUCCAAAUGGAAAAUAAAGAAUUUAUGGAUGAGUUCUUUUCACAGAUCGAAGAGAUCCGCGCUGGUAUUGAUAAGAUCGAUGAGAAUGUGACUGAGAUAAAGCGCCUGUAUUCAGUCAUUCUUUCUGCACCAACCUCAGACCAAAAGACACAAGAUGACCUGGAAGCCAUCACCAAUGAAAUCAAGAAAUUAGCCAACAAUGUCCGCAAUAAACUCAAAAGCAUUGAGCAGAGUUUGGAGUCAAAUGCAGAGGAGAGAGUUUCUGCUGAUAUGCGGAUAAAGAAAUCUCAGCAUGCUGUCCUAGCAAGAAGGUUUGUGGAGGUUAUGACCAGGUACAAUGAAGCACAAGUAGAGUUCAGAGAGAAGAGCAAAGGAAGGAUCCAGAGACAGCUUGAGAUCACCGGUAAAAGCACCACUGAUGAGGAGUUGGAGGAGAUGCUGGAUGGUGGCAAUGCUGCCGUCUUUACAGCAGGGAUUAUGGACUCAGCCAUCUCCAAGCAAGCUUUGAGUGAAAUUGAAGCGAGACACAAAGACAUCAUGCGACUGGAGAGUAGCAUUAAAGAGCUGCAUGACAUGUUUGUGGACAUUGCCAUGCUAGUGGAGAAUCAGGGAAGCAUAAUCGACAGGAUUGAAAGCAACAUGGACCAGUCUGUGGGCUUUGUGGAACGAGCAGUGGCCGACACCAAAAAAGCAGCCAAGUUCCAGCAGGAAGCCCGGAGGAAACAGAUGAUGAUCACAUUGUGUUGCAUCAUUCUUGCUGUCAUCGUUGGCUCCCUCGUGUACAGCUGGUUAAAGUAA